AAUAAAAUACUUCACAAACUGCAAUAAACCUCUUCAGUACUAUUUCUUUAUUGGGGGAGUUAUUGUAGUUAGUUUAGUAGUGGAAGCUGGCAACAUCCCGGCGUGUCUCCGGCAGUCAUGCCCCGCGACGCGCCGGCUACGGCCGCGUUGGCCGCCGCCACGCUCGCGGUACUCGCCGCGCUCGUCGCAUGCGUAGAAAAAGAAUGCAUCGACUGGGAAGGGAAGUCUGUCCCCCACGGUCUGCUGUACGUGCCUGGCCCGGGAUUCUGCAAAAAUUUCCGCGUCGGAGCACGAUGCUGUGAGUUCGAGUGCCUCGACCCUCCCGGUGAGGACGUGCGGUACAGAGAGAGGGAGCGACUCCGAGCCCUCAUCCUCUCCGGCAACUCCUCAGCACCUCACCAUGGACCCUCCAUGGAACUUAAAGCCGGGAUAUCUCUCCUAGCAGUAGUCGUCGCACGAUUCGUAUGAAACACGGACCAUGUAGACACUAACCAAUUGAAAAUUAUUUGAAAUCGAGGGAAUCAUUUGCCUGGCAACACUACGGUAAAAAGGUUUUAAUUUAUGGAAUGGGGACGCAAACUGAGUGACAUAAUGGCAGCACUGGCUGGCAUCGUUUGAAUUUCGAUCGUUUGUAAAGAAAGGCCAGUUAUGCCUAGUUUGUCUAUCCUUCCUAACUAAAUGCCAAAACUCACAAUCGAUUAUAAUUCGAUCUGCCUUUAACUUGUCCUUACGUCCUGCGUUAAAUGCGGGACCUCUAUUUCUCUAGAACUAUGAUUUUUCAUAUUCAGAGCACACGAGUGUACAUUAAUUACCAAUAUUAUUUCCGUUUACAACAAAAUGAAUAAAUUCGGACCAAUUUUAUGUAACCGAGUAGCAUCGUGUUGUUCUUUUGUUUUCUUUAAUUUGAAAAUGUUGAAUGUGAAAUGUAAAAGUAGGAUCGUUACGUAGUAUACAAUUUAUUCAUUCAAAAACAUUUGUGUUUCGGUAGAUAAACGAAAAAACUUACAAAGAAACCUUAUGAAAACCUCAUUUGUAUUCAGCUAACAAUAAUGGUGCCACUAUAGUCGAGACUACAUAGAGAACAAGCUAGGUCACGUCCCAUAAAAGAUGAAAUACAUGUUUCUCCCGGUCCAUAUGUAAAUUGUAAGUCCAUUAAUCAGUAGGAUAUAAUAGGGAUUCUUUAAAUGAAAUCUAACUACAUUAUAUGAGUCACGCAUACAGAACGCAUGCCUAUUUCUUCACUUCUAAAAUACCUAUUUCACUUAGCUAGACACAUUUCGAAAUUGUAGCUUUAAAAUUCAUAUCAUCGGGGGUCCGAUUCUGUACGUUUUUGGCUACUGCAGUCGACCGGGUUUACUCUAAUGCGGCAACUAGGUGAAAUGAAAUAGCGCCAAGCUCUAGAGAAACUAGUUUGAGUAAUUUUAAUACGAAAAUGCUUUGAAGCAAACUUCAAGUAAAAAGCAAAGUGCCUUGAGAGACUCGAGGCAAAUUUUAUUAAAAAAGCUUAGAGUUUAUCAAAAAUUAAAUUAUAAGAACGUUUUAAAAUUUCAAAUUCUUAUUAAGAUAUUUCAAAAUGUCAUCUUUGUAAAGUAAUACUCUUUACGAGUCUGAAUGUUUGGACAAUACUGGCUUGUUUAAAUUUCCUUUAUCAAACGAGUGUUAAAAGUAUUUUAUACAAUAAGAGACAGUUAAUUCUGCUUUUCAACAAAAUAUUUACAGAAUCGCGCCCCAGCUAUUUAGUGUAAAAUAAAAUAGUGCAAUAUACAUGUAGGUAACACAUCGGGGCACAUUGGUGACGAUACAAUGAUUUCUGUUCGUAAAUAGUUGUGGUUCUUAAACGAUUGUCAACUCUAUAACACUAACAUAAAAGCUCUUAAUAACUCAGUCAAUUUAAGUUACCAGGGAGUAUGCUAACGUAACAAGCUACUUUUAUUUCUUUUACCGGUCUGGGUCAUGUCGUGUGAAGUCGGUAAUGAAGGAACGAAUAAAGUUAUAAUAUUGAAAAGGUUUGCUUAUUAAUUAAAUUUACUCGAGUAAGUCACUAUCUACUGAUGUACAACUAUUAUACCAUCAAAUACCUACGGAAAUAUCUUGGCAAGGAAGGAAAAUAGCAAAGAGCAAACAUCAAUCAAGAGCCCGCAAAAAAUAUGGAAAUAAAAAAAACUAACGAACGAAACCAACAGGCAACGACAAAAAUGUUAAAAGCCAAUUACUUUUUUAUUGCAAACUUCACAGAUUAAUCUUAUACCAAGCCCUUGUAGACCGUUUAAAAAAGAAAACGCUGAGUCAUGAAUACGAACAUCCUCAUCAAGUUGAUGUGAUAUAUCGAAUCGAAUCGUUUUAAAUAAAGUGACCAGGGAAUAAAAAUAAUAAAAUUCUCUUCAGAUUUACCCAGAUAAAAAGAUCUGUCAGGGGUUUGAAAAAUAGUUAUCACAAAUAUCACGAUUAAUACAUAGUGAAGUGGCAAGUGGAUGAUUUAUAUUCAAAAACUUUUGGAAUACAUCGGAGUGAUGAUACAGGAUUACAAGAUUGAUGAUGUUUUCAUAACCUGUAAUGUACGAUCAAGGCCUGUGUAGGUAGGUGAUAUUAUUGUACCUACACACGGGCACACAUCAAUCUAUACAAAACCAGUUUAUCCUGGUGUCACGUCGCAUCAUCUUUCCGCACAUUUAACGUUCAGUUUAUACUGGUUAUGUAAAGCUGAAUGUGUAGCCGUGUGUACACCUAUGACGAAUUUGAUACUUAAGUGUUUCAACACUACCGAAUUUUGGGACUAUUUAUAGCUGUGGAUAUGAAACACCUGAUGUUUUAUUAUACGUUAGCCGUUCUGUUUUUAAAUAAACGGCUCAUCUUUAUUUAUUGAUAACCGAUUUGAAACGUAUAUCGAAUGAAGAAAAAUAUUGCAUGGCCUAGUUCAAAAUGCACUCAAAAUUAUUAAAAAUAUGUCCCACAUAAUAAAUAUUGGCUUACAAACAUUCCUGGGACCGAUUAGUUCACGCGAUUAUUAUGCAUAUGAUACACAAUUACUUAGCAACACUACACCUUAUUAAAAUACAUUUGAAAAACAACGUUAUUCCCAAACACGAAAGAGUAGAUUCGUAUGAAAAGUUGAAAAGUGUAUUUGCAUGACUGAGUGCUUUCUGUCCCUCGCGUGUUUGUGUUGUUUACGAGUAGAAAUACCUACCUCUGAUUGGUUACAGGUUACUGCUAGCUUUAUUUUAACCUUGACCACUUUCACAUAAGAAUAUUUACCACAGCUAAUUACGAAUACGAAUUUCUAGAAAUGGGUUUCGUUUAUGAGAAGCUAUUUAAGUUAUUAUAGGCACUUAUUACCUAGGUACGAAGGUACCAUAUUGCUACCUACUACUACCUACCGUAGUUACGCACGGACGUGCUGUUCCAUGCUCCAUUUUCCCGACCAUUUUUCCAUCUUUCCCUGACAAUAACAAACACAACUAAGAUUGAUCGGACCGGACUGUUAGUACCUAAUUGUGGAUCUACCUACAUAGUGCCCCUAUUUUUAUUUAGGGUAGGGCAUUUAUC